AUGAUACGGGGGGUCCGAUCUCCUUUCACCAAGCUCCGAAUUACCAUCAUAGGAACACUUCUUGUUUCUGCUUAUUAUCUGCUGCUGUAUUCAGCCGAGACGAGGUUACCAGGGAAAGAGCUGCCUACGUAUUCUUUACGAUACCCCACGAACUCGGAAUCAUGUAUCGACACCCCAGCAUCAAAAAAGAUCGUGGUAUCGAUCAAGACAGGCGCUUCGGAGGCCGUUGAAAAAAUACCAGCACAGAUGCAAACAGCACUUCGAUGUGCGAAAAACGUCUUCUUUUUCUCGGACCUCGAGCAGGAUCUGAGACAGUUUCAUGUCCACGAUGCUUUAGAUACCAUUCCGGUCUCAGUGGCAGGAGCGAACCCAGACUUUGAUUUCUACAACAAGCAGUAUCAACGCUGGCGAAAUGGCGAGGAUGUCAGUUCCAGGGAAGGUGCCAAGAACCCGGAGGCCUGGACGUUGGACAAAUACAAGUUCAUACACAGCCUGGAAAAAACAUGGGCACUGAAGCCGGAUAUGGACUGGUAUGUCCUUAUCGACGCCGACACGUAUGUGUUCUGGUCAAAUUUGCUUCAGUGGUUAGAAACGAUGGAUCCCAUGAAGAAGUCGUACUUUGGUUCCGAGGUUGUGAUCUCAGGCCAACGAUUUGCUCAUGGUGGAUCUGGGAUUGUUCUAUCGAAGGCUGCCAUGUAUGAUAUUGUAGUUAAGGUACGCAACUAUUCCUCGGGUUUUUUCCCCUCUAUCUUUGCUCCUGUGUGGAAGAUAAAGGGACACCCCCUCGCUCUGGGCGGCAUAAAAAGUAGCCAAAAACGUUCUUGUCCUACCUUACAGUUAGCACUGAAGUUAUUGUCCUCAACGUGAGAAACACUCUACAUCUAGCUUCUUUGGGACUUUGGCUGUCUCUAACUCAAAAUCGUUGGAACAACGCAAGCAUUCAAACUCCUCUUUUACUCUUUUCUCUGUUGCCAACUGGAAAGGAUUUCGCUAACAUGACUCCAGAACAAUGGCACAGCUGCUCAAUGGGACACAAAAACACACGAUCGCUGCUGUGGCGAUCUUGUACUUGGCCUUGCUUUGAAAGAACACGGAAUCGAAUUACAAGAUGUGUGGCCUUCGUUCAGUGGCGAGACACCUAAGACGAUGCCUUUUGGCCCCGGAACCCCUGAAUAUUUGUGUCGACCAGCAUUAACGAUGCAUCAUGUUAGUCCAGCCGAUAUGACUGACCUUUCAGAAUAUGAGCAGCAAAGAGGCAAUAGAUCGGCAUGUCUCCUAUUACUUGUUGAAAUGUCAAUAAGCUAACUAUGUUUAGGAACCGCUUACACAUAUUGAGUUAUUCAAAAGCCUAACACUCGACUCGGUGCGGGCACAAGCACAACGAGAAAACUGGGACAAUUUAGCAUCUGAUCCUGGAGAAUAUGGAAAGACAGGUGGUGUACUGUCCAAGGCCAAAUCAUUAGAAGAAUGCGCAAAAGCCUGUGAAGCUGACAAAGAAUGUUUUCAAUACGGAUUUCAUGGUAAAUGUCAUAUUGGAAGAAGCAUCCGAUUAGGACAGAUGAGAGAUCCGGAUGAAGAUGGAACCUGGCAGAGUGGCUGGAAUCAUGCUAGGCUUAAUGAGUGGGUGUUGAGCCAACCUGUCUGCGAACAGGUCAAUUUUCCAAGACAGGGGUCCGAAUGUCCAUGGUAUAAAGAACCAGCUCUGGGAGAUCGUCCGAAUACCACAAAAGAUUAG